AUGUCUCCGUGUCACAAAGCCACCGCAUUUGUGAAGCGAUUGGAUCCAGAUUCAACUAGAUAUGUAAGAUCCAGGGACUCACAGCAAUUUCUGUUAGCAUCAGUUUCAAAAUUCAUCUGUGAUGAUGAUAACCAAUGCAUGAGGAUCAAGAUACUGGGUGAUUGCUAUUACUGUGUAUCCGGCCUACCUGUUUCCAGGCCGAACCAUGCCAUCAACUGUGUCAACAUGGGCCUCCAGAUGAUAGACGCUAUACAGUUCGUGAGAGAGGCCACGGGAUUGGAAGUGGACAUGCGGAUUGGGAUCCAUACUGGUAACGUCCUCUGCGGAGUCAUUGGCUUGAGGAAGUGGCAGUUCGAUGUCUGGAGCGACGACGUCACACUGGCCAAUCACAUGGAGUCAGGUGGUCUACCUGGGCGAGUCCACAUCACUGAAGCAACACUGAUGCAACUGAACGACAAGUUCGACGUGGAACCAGGGAAUGGAGGAGACCGAGACCAGUACCUGGCAGACCACAGGAUCAGAACUUUCCUCAUAGUGCCCACUGUUCGACAUCACAGGCGGGGGCCUUCAAACUCGAUCUCAGUCACUCAAACUCGUUUAGGGUUUGGAACCGAGUUAGCGUCUGAUAGGAGCGGAGGAAACUUGGUUCCGGAACCUUCACCUAGCAAAGGAGAACGAGCUGGAAGGAGGAGGUCGAGCUUGGGUGUAGGUCUUGCUCCGCCUCGCCAGAGGUCACCAACAAAAGUUACCAAGACAAUUGAAUGCUGGGGAGCAGAUAAGCCAUUUGCCAAUAUAUCUGAAAACACUUUGGCCAAAAACAUUGGAUUAACGAGUAUUGCCAUGAUAGAAUCAAAUUUAUUGCCUAACAAAGGAAACUGUUUUGAUUGCAGUUGGGAAGGUGUUAAUCCAUGUACACUAAGAUUUCCCGAUUCUAAGCAAGAAUCACAAUAUCAGUUAAGGCCAGAUAAUGGUUUCAGGCAGUAUAUAGUGGCAUCAUUCAUUCUUUUCCUAGCCAUUGGAAUGAUACAACUUCUCUCGUUACCAAAAUUAACUGUACUUGCUAUUGGAUUUUGUCCUGUCUUAAUAAGUCUCGGAGUAUUAGUUUGGGCUUCACGACCAUCACUGACUUCUCCUCCAUCACCUAUUGAGACUUCAAUAUGGCUGAGGAUACUUGUUGCACUGUUUGUCAUUACACUGAUGGCUACAGCUUCUCUCAUCACUCUUCUUGAUGUGGAACCUGAUGUAGAUGAUGCUAUUCCAACUCCAUCAUCGAUGAACAACAGCAUCUAUAUGUACGAUGAAACAACAAAGUUGACAAAUGAGCAGCUCCUUCAAAUAAUUCCGGCAUAUCUUUUUAGUAGUGCUCUCUCUUUAGCUGCAGUUUCUGUAUUUAUGAGAUUGAAUUUCCUUCUGAAACUGCUUUUAAUGGCAGCGAUUACAAUGUGUCACCUUGCUGUGUUCUUCUCUUUAUCUAUUGUUCCAGUUUACUUCCAGAUAGAACCAGGAAGAUUGAUUGGACUUCAUUGGGAAAUAAAACUAGGUUUAUUCCUCUUUGUGAUAGUAUGCAUUCUUCACAGCCUCGAUAGGCAGGUAGACUUUAUUGCAAGGAGAGAUUUUAUGUGGAGAUCAAAACUUCAAGUUGAACAAGAAGAUGUUGAAACCAUGAGAGGUAUCAACAAAAUUUUACUUGAGAAUAUACUUCCAGCUCAUGUAGCCCAUAUCUUCCUUGAUAAGAGAAAUGCUCAUGAACUUUACCAUGAAAGGUAUAAUUCUAUUGCUGUUAUGUUUGCUUCAAUUCCAAACUAUAAAGAGUUUUACGAUGAAAAUGAUGUCAACAAACAAGGACUGGAAUGCUUAAGGCUAUUGAAUGAAAUAAUUUGUGAUUUUGACAAGCUCUUGAUGAAGCCUAAAUUUAGCUGUAUAGAAAAAAUAAAAACCAUUGGAAGCACUUACAUGCUUGCCUCUGGCCUAGAACCAGGAAUUGAAGAUGCAGGAGGGGUUAGUAAAAAUAUUAAAAUAUCAAAACAUCAAGAGCACAGUAUUAUCGCCCUAGUGGAAUUCGCAAUAGCUCUCAUGACAAUUAUAGAGCAAAUUAAUAAAGAGUCUUUCCAGAGGUUUAAGUUAAGAAUAGAGCUACAGAGGGUUGCUCUCUUAGUCCGCCAAGAAAUAGCUCCUUGGCAUUUGAUGAUAAUGUACCCUGAAACGAAACAUCUUUCAUCACAAUCGCUAACCCAAUCAGCAUCACAGAAAUCAAUAGCUGAAGAGGGUUUAAAUCAUGGACCUGUGAUAGCUGGUGUUGUAGGAGCACAGAAACCCCAAUAUGACAUCUGGGGUAAUACAGUAAACGUGGCAUCUCGAAUGGAUUCAUGCGGUGUAAUUGGAAGGAUACAGGUAACUGAAGAUACAGCUAAGAUUUUAAUGAAUGCAGGAUAUGACUGUGAAUGUAGAGGACUAACUUUUGUCAAAGGAAAAGGAACAUUAAUGACCUAUUUUGUCAAGACUAUAUUUGAUGAAAAAUAAAUAAUGUAUUUAACACACUGUUUUGAAAAUUCAAAGUGUCUUACAACACUAAAUGUUAUUAUUACCAAAGGCUUUAGUAUAUUUAAAAUUUGAUCUGGAUAGGCAUUUUUGUGAAUUAACCCUUUAAUGCUGUAAAUUCAACUACAAAAACAUUCCCAAAUACUAAUUGUAAAAGACAUUACAAGUAAAAACAUGGAGGUAAUUUCAAAUAAUAGGAAAAUUUAAUUUAUUUUUCGACAAAUUACUAUUUGUUUUGAUCAGUUAUCAUAGAAAAAUGUUCAGCAAAGUUAAAUAAAGCUCUGGAACCUUCUGAACCUCAACUAGGUGCUCUAGAUAUUAGAGAGUCUAAGGAUGUAAAAAUCUGAAAAUUAUUUUUUGUAAAUAUGUCCUUCAAGGCGUUCUUUUUAGCAUUUCAAUGUCUACCUGCUCGUAGAAGAAAAUACUGUUUACAUAAAUGCAUUAGUUCCAGGUAAGGCUAAACAUAUGUCAUUUAAGAAAAAAAUAUGAAUAGAAUAACAGAUUGUUUGUUUUUUUUUUUUUGUUUUUUUACAAAGUAUAGAACUAUUGUGUUAAUUAACUAAGAACAUUUUUAGUGGUCCAUUCAGAAAGUAAAUGAAAACUAUUUUAAAUUGGUUUUAUCCUGCCUUUACUUCCCAGUCGGUAGUUUUGGAUGAAGUUGAUUUAAUCUCUGAGUGGAUUGACUUAGUGAGGUAUGAUUAUAAUACCAUUUCCUGGGCCUGUGUUUGAGGCCGGCUGUGGUGGGUAUUUAUUUAUUCAGUUACAUCAACCAUAGAACAUCCCUGGGAUCGAAAGGACCUCCUGGGGUAUACUAAGCUUCUAUAAAGUGGCACCCCUAAUUGGGAGGAAACCUGAAUGUGGAACAUGAUCAUAACCAAAUCAUCUCAUAACAAAACAAAGGGCCUGUAAGCAGUAUUUUGUUACAAAGUAUUAAACCCAAUAUCAUUCCUGGGAUAUAGUGGUACAGAUUAGAUGUCCAUCCUUGAGGGGAUAUGGUACGCAAUAGUGCGUAUUUGCAUUAUUAAGGCUUGCUACUGGCCAUAUUACAUUGAUAUAUUCUUGUUGAAUAAAAAAAAAAAAUUCUCGGGUAAAUUUACCAUUGGUAUUUUCUUCUAGUCUUAAUUACCUGAGAUGUUUAUCAUUGCUGGUCAAUCUAUUAGUAGUCUAUGAUUUCUUGAUAACAUUUUCCCGCAU